GCGGGGGAGGAGCCGGGUCCACUGCCGGGUGGAGGGGCCAGACGAGUGUCCUUACCCUAGCUAUUGGGGCUCGGGCCUGUAAGUCAGUUGGAAUCGCGGCGACAAGAAGGAUUGGGCCGAGCAGAGGACGACAUGUUGCUCUUCGUGGAGCAGGUAACAUCUAAAGGAACUGGUUUAAAUCCUAAUGCCAAAGUAUGGCAGGAAAUUCCUCCUGGAAGUACUGAUGCCACUUCAGUAAGUCAUGGAACUGAAAGCUCUUGGCAUGAAACAGCAUCUACAUCGGGGUCUCAUCCUGAGGGUAAUACAGAGCUUUCAGAUGAAAUGUGUAAGGAAUUUGAAGUAAUGUAUCCAUCUUGUGAAAGCACAAGAAAUACUACCUGCAUUGAAGAAUCAACUGAUGGAAUGAUUUUAGGACCAGAAGAUCUGAGUUACCCAAUAUAUGAUGUUUCUGGAGAAAGCAAUUCAGCAAUUUCUCCAGAAGACCUAAAAGAAUGUCUGAAGAAACAAUUAGAAUUUUGUUUCUCACGAGAAAAUUUGUCAAAGGACCUUUACCUGAUAUCCCAAAUGGACAGUGAUCAGUUCAUCCCAAUUUGGACAGUUGCAAACAUGGACGAAAUAAAAAAGCUGACCACAGACCCUGAUCUAAUUCUUGAAGUGUUGAGAUCUUCUCCCCUGGUACAAGUUGAUGAGAAGGGCGAGAAAGUGAGACCAAGUCAUAAGCGUUGUAUUGUGAUUCUUAGAGAAAUUCCUGAAACAACACCAAUAGAGGAAGUGAAAGCUUUGUUCAAAAAUGAAAACUGCCCCAAGGUGAUAAGCUGUGAGUUUGCACACAAUAGCAACUGGUAUAUCACUUUCCAGUCAGAUACAGAUGCACAACAGGCUUUUAAAUACUUAAGAGAAGAAGUUAAAACAUUUCAGGGCAAGCCUAUCAUGGCAAGGAUAAAAGCCAUCAAUACAUUUUUUGCUAAGAAUGGUUAUCGAUUAAUGGAUUCUGGUCUGUACAGUCAGCCCAUUCAAACUCAGGCACAGUAUGCCUCACCAGUCUUUAUGCAGCCUGUAUAUAAUCCUCACCAACAGUACUCAGUCUAUAGUAUUGUGCCUCAGUCUUGGUCUCCAAAUCCUGCACCUUACUUUGAAACACCACUGGCUCCCUUUCCCAAUGGUAGUUUUGUGAAUGGCUUUAAUUCACCAGGAUCUUAUAAAACAAAUGCUGCUGCUGUGAAUAUGGGUCGACCAUUCCCAAAAAAUCGUAUGAAGCCUCAUUUUAGGUCAUCAGGUGGUUCAGAACACUCAACAGAGGGCUCUGUGUCAUUGGGGGAUGGACCAUUAAACAGAUCUGGUUCAAGGAACUUUCCAACUGAGCAGCAUAACCCUCCAGUAACAGGGCAUCAGGAGCAAAGCUGCCUUCCAAAAGAGACUCCCACUUUGCAGAUGGAACAGAAUGGGGACUAUGGUAGGGGCAGGAGAACUCUUUUCAGAGGUCGAAGACGACGAGAAGAUGACAGGAUUACAAGACCCCAUUCUUCAACAACUGAAGUAAAGGCUCCAACACCAAAGUUUGACUUACUAGCCUCAAAUUUUCCUCCUUUACCUGGGAGUUCAUCAAGAGUGCCAGGUGAACUUGUGUUGGAGAGUAGGAUGUCUGAUGUUGUUAAAGGUGUCUGUAAAGAAAAGGAUAAUGAAGAGUUCAGAGUUAGUUGCCCAGUGCCUACAGAAGGUGAACAGACACACUGCACCUCUGCCCAGCAACUCAAUAUGAGUACCAGUCCUCCAUGUACAGCAGCUGAGCUUCCUGCAUUAAGCACAACUCAGCAAGAAAAGUAUCUAUUAGAGGAUUCUACUGUUCAGAAGGAUGUUCUCACCCAGACAGUUAUACCAGUUUCUUCCCCAAGUGCUGCAAAGCCCUCAAGGACAAAUACUACUUCACCAAUUAAUAGUGCAGCUGUAGCUAUGGCCCUGCAGGAACCCCGAAAGCUAAGUUAUGCUGAAGUGUGCCAGAAGCCCCCUAAAGAGCCAUCUCCAGUUCUUGUGCAGCCACUACGAGAACUUCGCUCCAAUGUAGUGUCUCCCACCAAAAAUGAAGAAAAUGGAACUCUUGAGAAGUCUCUUGAGAAACCACAGGAGAAGCCAGAAGCAAGGGCUAGUAAGGAUUAUUCUGGCAUCCGGGGCAGUACCAUUCCCAGGGGAGCAGCUGGAAAAAUCAGGGAACAGAAACGCCAGUUUGGCCAUAGGGCUAUACCUCAGGGAGUGACUCGACGUAAUGGCAAAGAGCAAUAUGUGCCACCCAGAUCACCAAAGUAAACAAACAAAAACUAUUCAAAAACUUCUCUCUCUUCCCAUUAAACUUGAGCUGUGGCUAUAUUGAACUAUUUCGAGGGGAGGGUGUAGCCAGGAAGAAAACAGGAGAAAGUAUGUCUUUAAAUCAUCAUGGAUUUUGGAGUUGUGAGCAGUAGAACCCCAAAAUUCAUCUCUAAAGUGAUUUUAAAAUGCUGGAGGAUUCCAAUCAGUAUGUAUAUAUAUAUACACACAUCUAUAAAAAUAUAAUUUUUCUAUUUUUGUUUUUGAUUUUAAUUUGCAGAGAUCUUUUGCCUGGAAUCAGUUUUGAGGUUCAGAUGUAGCUUGGGAAAAAAAAAUACUACACAUCCUUCGGUAUAGCAGAUGAGGGAGUGAGAGAAAAUAUUUUUUGAAGAAGCGUUUCUGUAAAAUUAGAAAUUACUUUUUUAAAUCUAUUUAAAGUUUGGCUUGGAGAAUGCCAUCUCUGCCUCUAUGGCCUUGUGUUGCAAAGCAGAUCAGUGGCUGGGAUGCCUGUUAUAGUGUGAAUGUGUGCAAGAGUGAUUGAAGCCAAAUCUGUUGUCAUGUUAGUAAAUGAUUUGAAAACUGAAUGUAAUACUUGAGUAGAUUUUUUUUUCCAGUUUAAAAUUUAGUCUUUUUGACGUCACUAAUAUUUCAUUCAACAAGCUGUUAAACUCCAAUUGUACUUAAGAGAUGUGACUACCAAUCAAUUUGAUACUCAAGGAAAGAAUGGGAAUUAUUCAAAAAAUUGAAAAAUUGGCUUAGUUCUGAGUAGGUGGGUUAGAUGGACUUCAGAGGUUUAAACUACCCUGUGACUUUGCCCCACUAAAACAGGAAACAGUUUUUCUGUUGUUAUUCAUUUGUUACUCUCUGUUCUUUGACUACCCACCCCACCCCUAAGAGCAAAAUAACCAACCACCUACAGAAUUAUAUAUUUCUGCCUGCCUUGAAGAGUCUAUUCCAAUCAUAGAACUGUUCUCUAAAUUUCUGAAUUGAACAUUGAAGGAUUUUACUCUUCUGUUCACUGAUUUAAAACUUUAGACCACAAAAUAGUAGGGCAGACUGACCCUACAGUAAUUUAUUUGUGUUAGUAUUAAAGAUAAAACAUUGUAACUGACUCUGAAGUAUUAAAUAGUAUAGAAUUAUUUUUAAUGUUUUUUAAGGCAUAAUUUGGGGGCAACUUUUAUUCUGUUUACAAUGUAUUUAUCAUCCCUAUCCUUCCCUUUUUCAAAAAAUAAAGAGUGCAGUUUAGAAUUGACAGAAACAGAACCAGCAAUUCCCAAGAUGUUUGAGUUAAGGUGAGAAAGAUAGUUGAUGAAAAUUAAUACACAAUUUCUCAGUGAAUAAAGUUGUAGCUCUCAUAUUAGACAAGUUUACAUGCUGUUAUUUAGAAAAUGCCUAAAAUAUUAAAAACCAUGUUGCAUUAAUCUGUUUUAAUUCCUACCAUUUUCAGAGUUCUAUGUAAGGUAGGGUUUUGUUUUCUUUUUUUAGGGAUAGUUUGUAAUAGUAAUAACUGUCCCUUUUGUUUGUGAAUUACAUAUGUAAAAUUAAAACUGUAAAUUGUGAACACUGGAAAGCACCAUUGUGACAUAGAGUAAACAUCUUAGUAAUAUAUUAAAAUGAAUGUAAAUGGAGGUUAAUAUUACAUUACUGUGAAACUUAUCUUCCAACUCUAAGUUAAACUUUGGAGAUUUGUAUUAGUAGGUAACUGUUCAGAGUUUUGAAAACACUGCACAUUUCUGUAUAAGCCAGAAUUAUCAUUUCUUUGUAAUUUAUUAUUCAGCUUGGCAAUUGCUUUUGAUUUGGUGGAUUGAUAAUAUGGUAUAGUAUAUUUAAGCAGUUUGAAACUGUUCAUUUCUACACACUAUUUUUUUAAAUCAUCUGCUAGAUGAAACAUACAAUAAAACUACCUGUGCUGAAAUUUGGGGGAAGUUUAGGUCCUUUUCAAAAAAGUAUUAAUAAUCAUUGACUACAUCUAUGAUGAAAGUGCUUAUUUUGGUUUACUUAGAUAAUGCUGCAGUUGGUGGAAAUGAUAAACAUUUAAAGUGUUAACACUCUGUGAAUGCAUUGGAUUUAAGAGAAUAAACAUUUUAUAAAAAUCACUUGGUAAGAAUUAUAAACUUAAUUACUGCACUUAAAAUGAAACAUUACUUUUGUUAUAAUGUGUCACAGAAGUAGGCUUUUAUGAUUUGUAUGCUUGUGUGAUUUAUUGUUAGUCCACCCAACUUCUAAAAACUAAAUGUUACGAUUGAAACACAAGAAAAGAAUCGUUUUUGAAGAAAGCGUGUUCUUAAUUUUUUUCCUAAAAUGUUGUUGAAAGUAGAGGCUUAAAGACGUGACCAUUUUUAAAUUUCUUAUAAAAUUUAGUGUUUUUAAUUUAAUUUGCCUCAUUGCAGCUAAUGGUUCCCAUUUUGAUGGGAUGUAUAGCAAAGAAUAACUAUGUGUGUGUGUAUAUAUAAUAUAUAUAUAUAUUCACAGUAUGUAUUUAGCAUUUAUUUUAUUACAGCAGAUUUAAGGUUUGUAUCUAAAUGAUGCUUAUGAAUUGUGAAAACUGUUGGCUUAUUUUUUUCCAGCAUUACUCUGUAACUGAUGAGGGUUGGGUGUUUGUUGUAGUUCAACUAUUUAUUUGGUUCUUUAGGAGGAGGGCUUUAAAUGUCAAAUUUUUUUCUUUAUUAUUAUAACUUAACACUUCCUUGGGUUCUUGGAGGUUAAAAGUAGAUACAAAUGAUACUGAGUGUAUGGUACAGUGAUUUCUGCUAUAGUUCUUACUGCAUGAAGGGAACAAGAGUCACACAAGUUCAUCACCUUGUACUUCAUAAGAAAGAUUGUAAAACCCAUCUACAUUAUCUACCCUGAUACUUAAGGUUUUCAUGAUACUAGGGUUUCAUACUUCAUUGAAGUAAUUUUAUUUUUGCAAAUAUAGACACUGGCAUUCAAAAGGAGUGAUCCAUCUAAAUUUUUUUCAACUGGAUUUUGGAAGAAAAUGAGAUCUGGAUUUCCUGUUGUCAUCUUGUGUGCUCAGUCUGCAUGUGAUCAAAUGACAUGCAGACUUUUUAUUUAUUUUUGCUUCCGAAGAUUAAGGUAACUUGACUAUUGUUUCACAUUCCUUUUUCUUUUUAAAUAACCAGGUUGGCUUUUGCAAAAGGCUUAAUGAUGGAUUAUUAGCAUCUGCUGGAGCAGAAAAUAGCAUUUAAAAGUUCCUGAACACUUUCUCAUUUAAUUUAUGUCCUUAAUAUUUAGUUUUGGCUUAACUAUCCACUGGUUUUACUUUGAUGCAGUUGAAGAGCACUGGGGUUAAGUCUUUGAUGUUUGUGUUGGCCAUGUAUAUUAACUACAUUUUAAAAUUACCCAUUUUGUUUGCUUUAACAGAAAAGAAAAUGCAAAAGAGACAAGUACUCCUUUUGAUAGGUUUUUAUAAAUUCCUAACUACAACAUAUGAUGGGUUUUUUCCUAAUUUUUAUUAUUUCCUUACAAUUUGGUGGCCAUUAAUUUAACUUUAGGCUUUUUGGUGUAUGCUAAUUUAGCUGGUCUGCGCUUCCAAGAAGAUAGACAUUUCAGUUUUCAGUAGCUGAAUGAGGACAUUUUAAGUUGAAAGAGUAUUUGCUUUCAAGUUGUGAGUAAAUUCUCUUUCAAAAUUAAUCUGAUUAUUAAAUAAUUUAAAGUUUAUUUUUAAAAGCUAAGAACUUUUUGUGAAUUGUUAGGGAGAUAGUUCCUAAAAGUAAAUCUUUGGAUGUCAACAGACUAUAUAAAAUAGUUUUAUUUUCAGUUAUGCAGCACAAAAUACUAAUUAGUAUAUAUAAGGAAACAUCCACAUUAACUUUCUUUUCUUAACCUUCAGGUGUCCUUUGAGUGACAUCCCUUAAAUGUUUGGGGUUAGGGGUCAGAAUCAGUUAUCUGGCUUCUGUUUUGCCCAUUGCUUAGGUUUAUUCUUGUUGUCAAAACUAUCCCUUCCCAAAAUGGUGUGACACAGGCUCAUGCAUAUUAUGUUAAAAUGAAUACAUCCUUGUAUUUGUAUUUUUGUUUUCAACAUUGCCAAGGUGCUAUGGGAAAUUAAAGUAACACAAAACUAGAAAAAAUAAAAUUAUUUAAAAGAA